CCGGUCGCAUUUCAUGUCCGUCGACGCAUCCGAACGACAGGAUAAACAAGGGACUCGAGAGUGAGAGCAAAAAAAAAAAAAAAACAAAAAAAAAAGAACAACAGUUUCCAGUGAACACGUGACUGCGACGACGCGGUAUCACGUAACCGCGUGUCUACGACUGCUGAUCGUAGAAUAAUAAUAAUAAUAAUAAUAAAUUGUUUAAAGAGGGGAAAAAAUAAAAUUCAAACAAAUAAUGUUUGAUAGAUUAUCGGUACUAUUUAUACUGGCGGUGGCCGCGACUUCGGCACUUCCGGCCAGUGAUAAAAAUCCAGUUGAAAAUGAUCUCAUGGCGGCGAUCUAUUCGGAUUGUUUGAAAAAGGAUUCAAUGAGUUGUAUCAAAUAUAAAGUUUUUGCGUUUGUUGAUAAAAUGCUCACUGAUAAAGAGGACAUCACCCUCAGUGAGGGAAUUACUGUCGUCAAAACCGGUAGCACCGAAGAGGGCGCUCCCAGAUCAAUUGAAAAUACAGAUGUUGACACCCUUUUAUUUGACCGUUUGGGAAGAUUUCUUAGGACACAUUCUGUAAAAGUUGAUCUUAAGGGUAGCGACAUAUUGGGAGCCAUUGAAUCAGCAGGACGAAGCCUCGAGGAUAUCACCGAUGAUGGUACCGAGGAAGGACGAGGCAAAAAAAAAAAAGCGCAAAAAAUAUUGGGCCCAAUAAUGAUGGGAGUGGCAAUGAAGGCAGCAGCUUUAUUGCCCCUGGCAUUGGGCGCAAUUGCAUUGAUUGCAGGCAAAGCACUUUUAAUUGGUAAAAUUGCCUUAGUUAUCUCGUCGAUAAUUGGAUUGAAAAAAUUAUUGGCAUCAAAGGAGAAGCAUGUGACGUAUGAAGUGGUGGCACAUCCACAUCACGGUGGUAGCAGUCAUUUGAGUCACGACGACGGUGGUCACGGUGGAUUCUCAAGUGGAGGUGGCGGUGGCGGUGGUGAUUUUGGAGGUUACGGAGGUGGUGGUGGUGGUGGUGGUGGUGCCAGCAGUGGUCAUGGAUGGGCAAGAAGUUUACCCCAAGAUGCCCACGACAUUGCCUACAAUGCUCAUCAACCUGAGAUCAAGGCCCAAACCACGAAAUAGAAAGUUUUUUUUUCAUCUUCGUUUCAUCUGCUCUUAUAUAUAUAUAUAUUAUAUUGUCUUCUCUUUUGAUCUCUUUCCCUCGUGACCUUGUUCCUCGGUCCCUCCUAUGUACCAUUCCACCUGUUCCUCGCUUCAACUUUCUACGAUCUUCUACGUGGGACUUUCUAUUCCUCCGUCCUAUUCUCGAUAUCUUAUGUUGACCUUUUUUUUAUCCUCAUAUGUUUCUUCAUUCCUUAUAGUGUGCGAUUCCUUUUGAUGUUGGUAAUUAUUUUUUCCUAUAUUCCUUUUUCCGUUUCUGCUCCUUUAAGUAUUCUUUCCCCUAAUUUAUUUAUCUCUUUCCUUUGUAUUUUUUUCUUUCACAUUAUUUAUUAUUCAUUUCCUUUGUAUUCCUCAUUUCCUAUUUGUUUUCCACUUUUUUCUUUCCAUUUCUUUUUUUUUUUUUUAUUUCCAAUUGUAUUUUCCAUACUGGACCUUUAAGUUUUUGUUUAUUUUUACUGUUUUAACAUAUCCCUCCCUCUUUUUUUAAAAAUAUUUUUCAUUAUUGCGAAUUCAUUUUUUUUUUUAUUUGAAUUUUCGUUAUUUUUUUGUUAUCUAAUUUUCCCUACUUUUAUUGUUGCUGUUGAAUUUUUCGCUUUUGUUUCUUUUGUAUUUUUUUAUUCUAUUUUUUAUAUUUUCUUAUUUGGUUUUUAUUCACUGAGCUUUUUUUCUUGCAUUUUGUUUUAAUUUAAUUGCUACAUAUUUGCUUUUUGUAUAUUUAUAUUGGAAAAUUGUUUCUUUUUUUUUUAAUUCUCUCGUUUUUAUUCUCAUUACAAUCUUAUCUUUCAAAAAUUUAUUUCUACUAUUUCUUAUCUUGUUAAUUAUUUUACUAACUUUCGAAAUUUGUUAUUCUUUUUGUAUGUUCCUCAAAAUUUGAGGUCAUUGUUUUUUAUAAUUUUGUUUUAUUUGUUAUUUUUAUUUUGUUAUAAUAAUUUGUUGAUUUAUUUGUUUUUUCUUUGUUAUCAUGUGUUUCUAUUUUUUUUUAUUUGUUUCUAUUUAAUUUUUUUUUCUAUUUGUUUUUAUUUGCUGCUGUUUGUUCUUAUUUGUUUAUUUUAGUUUUUAUUUGUUAUAAUUUUAUUUAUUCAUUUUUUUGCUUUUAUUAGUUUCUUUUUGCAUUUUUUUUUCUUUUUUGCUUUAUUAUCGUAAUUCAAUUUAAAAUUUUCAAAUUCUGAAUUCGCUUCUAUUUGUUUUUUCUUGUUUCCCUGGUUUUUUUCGUGAUUGAAUUUAUAAUUUAAAAUGAACAUAAUUUCUUUAUUCUCUUUUUGUUAUUUCCUCCUUUUUUUGUAAAACAAAUGUUUUGCAAACUAUCCCUCUUCCACUUCCUCUUUAAUUUCAAUGUUUCCAGUUUUCAUUUUUCCUCUUUUCCUUCGAAUUUCCCCGUUUCUGGAAGUUUCCUGCUCGCAAUGUUAUCAGCUUAUAACGAUCUCCUGAAGCUCUUGAUCUCUCCUUCUCGAUCUUCGCCUGUCCCUUUCUCCAACUUGACUUCCUUCAUCGUCGAGGGUCAUGAGCCCUCGCCCUACUUCUCACUUGAAACCUACCUCUUUUUCUUGUAUGCCUGAUUUAUAUGCUAUAUUCCAUAAAUAGUUGUGUGCUCUUUAUUGGGCGCAUUCUAUAUACAAAAACGACUCGACAUAUGGAAGCCAGUAUCCGCGAAAUACUCUUUAUACAUAGACCAUUUAUAGUUACAUUGUUAAUAUGUUACUUGUACUAUUAUUUAAGAAUUAAUGAUAAUUAUUUAUUAAAUUUUUGUUGUGUGCUCGUAUUGAUGGUUGUAUUUUGACCAACGUUGUUUUUUUUCAAUAAAGAAUGGCGAACGGCGUGUACGUCUUGUCCCAAAGAAAUAUACCUGACUUUUAUAUAAUACAUAUUUUCAUGUAUAUUUGUGUUCUUCAGGUUACAUAUUUAUCAGCUGCAAUUAUUCA